AUGGAAAAUAUUAAAUCUAUAUAUAUCACGAUAGUUUUACUGAUUCUAUCAUCUGCAGCAUUUUUUAUUUUCAAUAAGAAUGGUAAAAUUGCUGUUAGUGUUAAUGGCCACUCUGGUGAUAAACAAUAUAAAAAUAAAAAACCUACUUUGAUUAUAGCAGGCUCGUCAAAUUCUGGUAAAAGUACUUUAUUUGGUUUAUUAACAACGGAUUCUAUUAAGACAACUGUAGUUUCUCAGGUUCCUAAUGUAUGCCAUCAUUUUGUCAGUGAACCUGAAAAUAAAGCUGUGAAAUUAAUAGAUUUCCCUGGAAAUAUUAAGCUAACUUACAAACUAAUUGAAGCUUUGAAGAGCUCAAACAACAUAAAAGGUAUUAUAUUUGUGACCGAUUCUACUGUCGAUCCGAGGCAUAUAACACAGACAGCUGAGUUGUUGUAUAACAUAUUAAAUAUUGUUGAAGAUAGAGACCAUAAUGGUGUGAAUAUUUUAAUAGCAUGUAAUAAAUCUGAAUCAUUUAUAGCAAGACCUCCACAAAAGAUCCUAAAUGCUUUAGAAAACGAAAUAGCAAAUAUUAUUAAAAGAAAAAAGAAAUCUCUGAACUCUGUGAGUGAUACUCAAGCUAAUGAUGCAGAUUUAUAUGAUGAGGAUUUAUUAAAUGAUGAAAAUCCUCUAGAUUCAAUCAACGAUUUUAAAUUCUCACUUUUGGAAAGUGAAAUUACACUAGCAGAAGGUAGUGUAACUAAAAGAAAAAUAUCUAAAUGGCAAGAAUGGAUUAAUGACGUUGUGAACCAGUGA